AUGGAAUUUACUGAAGCUUAGGAGGUUGACUAUAUUGUAGCUUAAUCUGUAAGCAAAAAUAUUUUUGGAAAUGCAAACGGUUAGGUUAAUAAUAGGUAGAAAUCUGCAAAAUUUGAAUAACUCUCAGAUUCUUCAGAUGAGGAUGACAGAUAAACAUAAUUUCAAUCAAAACAAGGAAAUGGAAUGAGCUAAAAUAAUAGGCAAAAAGAAAAUCAAACUUCUCUAAUCAGCAAUUUAUUAAAAAGUGAUGGAGAUACUGAAUCUAUGGAUGAUAUGAUUAAUUAAAUUAAUUCAAUUGUGUCAUCUCAAUAUGAGUAAAAGAAAAAAUAAUUUGAAGAAGAGUAAGAAAGAAUCAAAAUGCUUAAAGAAAUCAUGUAGUAGGAAAAUGAAGAGCAGAAAAAAAUGGAAAUCUCUAAGACUAAUUCAAUUAUUGUUUACAAGAAUAACUCUGGAGAAAAGAUAGAUGAGAAUGCUUAGCAGAGUGAGUAAAAUGGAAUGGAAAAAUCAAACGGUUAUAAAAGUAAAGAAAAAUAGAAUAACAACUAAGACUACGAUGAUAGCGACGAAGAAGAAGAUGAUGAAGAUGAAGAUUAUGAUGAUGAUGAUGAAUAGCAUAGAUACAACAAUCGCUAAAACAGAAACGGGAAUAAUAGCGAUAACAACGAAGACAAAUUUGAAUAAGUGCCUGAAGAUUGUAUAAUAUAAAGCUUUAAUAACGUAGUUUUAAAAUAGGUUUCACUACUAAAAAACACAACUCAGUAAAAAAAUAGCCUCGCUAAGCUCGCUAGCAACCCAAGAGCAUAAAAAUUAGAUGUAUAUUUCUUCGGAACAAGCUUUAAUAUGAAAGUACCUUACGAUGACAAUACGACAAUAUAAGAUUUCAUCAAAAUUAUAAUUGAUUUUUAUAUGGCAGACCCUAAUACUGAUAAAUCAUUAAUGAGAUAUCCUAAAUAUCCUCAAGCUUACAAUUUAAGAAUGAAAGAUGAUGAUGGUUACAAGCCAGAUUCAAAUCUUGGUCCUAUUGAACCCAAAUAUCCUGUUUAAAAUUUUAGUAAAGAAUAAAUUGUAAUAAUGGAAAUAGAUAGAUUUAUGCCUCCUGCUGAAGAUUUUUAAGACUCAAUAGCAAGAAAAAUCAAAUAAAAAACAAUAUAAAAAGGUUUGGAUUUGCUAAAUGUUACUAUUGAAGAGCUAGGAGCUCAAUUGAACAUCGAGUAGAGCCCACAAUCAACAAUUAAAUAAGUUUUAGAAUACUUAAGAGAUAAAAAGAAUGCAAAAAUUUCGAUUAAAGAUUGUAUUGUUUUUUAUUAUGAUUAUUAAGAAGAAAAAUACAUUGAAUUAGAUUUAAAUACAUCUAUUAGUUAGCUCCCUUCUUAAGAUAAAAAGAUUAGAAUUAAGAAAAAAGAAUGGGCAGACACACCAAGAAUUACUAAUCAAUAAGUCUAAUAUGCUCCUAAUUUACCUGCUUAAAUUCUAUAAAGCGAGCCAAUUAGCAACAUGAAUCUUGUAAAAUAUGAAGAAUUUAAUGUCAUUAAAAUAAACGAUAAGAAAAAGAGAUAAGAAAGAGUGCUUGGAAUAGAUUAGCACAAGAUACUAAACAUCAAUAAGCGCAUACAACAACAAGACAUAGGAUUCCUUAAUAAAAUAUUCGUAAAUCCUUAGACAGGCACAAAAAAUCCCUCACGCAAGAUAGAGGAUAUUUAGUUUAUUUAAGAAUUAGAAAAUAAUAUAGUAAUAAUGAAAGUCAAAGAUCCUGAUUAAUAAUAUGAAAAGACUCUAAAAUAUGAAAUUGCAAAUUCUGAAGAUAGAAGAAAAAUAAUUAAAAAGAUAGAAGGCCUUAUGGAAUUGUAUAGAAAAGACACAUUAAAAAAGUUUAAUAUGAAUAUUAUGAAUAUAAAUAACAUGCAUAACAUGCAUAACUUGAAUUAUAUGAACAAUAUGACUAAUGUUCCUAACAUGAUGACUUAUUCAAAUUAUAAUGGAGGUACUACUAGCUUGAGAUGA